CGUUCUCGUACAAAGAUGGCGCCCGUUGACGUUUACAACGAGCAACAAAAGCAAAACCGGCUAUGUGGUAUUUUAUCAGGCAAAGUGUUUCACUAGGUUAAGGUUUGGCUGAUAAGCACGGGAGUUGUUGGCUUGUUUGUUUAGUUUAGCUGAAAAGACACCGUCUUCAUCAUGAAGCUGUCUGUUUACUUUUUUAUAAUAGCCACUAUUGGCAUUUGCUUAGUCCAUUCCAAAACGCAAAAAAGCCCCGUCAUCGACAACAUAGCCGACAUGAAAGAACUGAAGAAACUAUUUCGCACAAAAACAAACGUACUGAUACUGUUCGUGGCCGGGAUGAAGGAAAACAAUGCAGUACUGGCGUCGUUUAAGGAGGCUGCCCAAACCGUAAAAGGUCAAGGCACGAUGGUGUUGCUUGAUUGCAACAAUUCCGAGGUGAAGAAAAUUUGCAAAAAACUUAAAGCCACACCCGCGCCUUUCGCAUUGAAACAUUUUAAGGACGGCGAUUUCCACAAAGAUUACGAUCGCCAGCUCACGGCAACGAGCAUGGUCAACUUUAUGCGCGAUCCUACGGGUGAUCUGCCCUGGGAAGAGGAUCCAAUCGGUAUCGAUGUGAUGCACGUUCCUGAUGCCGUGACUUUGGGUAAAUUUUUGAAAAAAGAAGUAAGACCAACACUGGUAAUGUUUUACGCUCCGUGGUGCGGAUUUUGCAAGACGCUCAAGCCAGAGUUUUCAGCUGCUGCGACGGAACUGAAAGGACGAUACGUGCUAGCAGCGAUUGAUGUGAAUCGCCCGGAAAAUUCUAUCAUUCGCAAACAGUACAACAUUACCGGGUUUCCCACGCUGCUAUACUACGAGAAUGGUCGCAUGAAAUACACAUUCGAGGGAGAAAACAACAAAGCAGGAAUUGUAGCUUUCAUGAAAAACCCUGCCGCCCCUCCUCCAACGAAACCAAAGGAACCGGAUUGGUCGUCGGAGAGCUCAUCGGAAAUUGUACACCUGACCGUAGGGAAUUUCGAACCAGCGCUUAAGGAUGAAAAAUCGGUACUAGUAAUGUUUUACGCUCCGUGGUGCGGUCAUUGCAAGAAGAUGAAACCCGAGUACGAAAAGGCGGCCGAGAUCAUGAAAGCGAAAAACAUUCCCGGUGUUUUAGCGGCACUCGAUGCAACUAAGGAAGCCCCCAUUGGCCACCAGUACGGCGUGAAAGGGUAUCCGACCGUAAAAUACUUUAACAAUGGUGAAUUUAAAUUUGACGUUAAUGUGCGCGAAGCGGACAAGAUCGUAAAAUUUAUGCAGAAUCCCACUGAACCGCCACCACCACCUGCUCCGGAAGCACCGUGGGAAGAUGAACCUUCUGAGGUGGUCCAUUUGAAUGAGGAAUCGUUCAAACCAUUUCUGAAGAAAAAGAAGCAUGUGCUUGUGAUGUUCUAUGCGCCAUGGUGCGGCCAUUGUAAGCGAGCGAAACCGGAGUUUGCUCGGGCGGCAGAACAUUUCAAAGAUGACCCUAAGACCGAACUGGCAGCAAUCGACUGUACCCGCCACAGUGCCGUUUGUUCAACAUUCGAAGUGCGCGGAUAUCCUACGAUUAAGUACUUCAGCUACCUUAAAACCGUGCGCGAGUAUAACGGUGGCCGGACGGAGACUGAUUUUAUUGCCUACCUUAAGGAUCCCGACGCUGCCCCUACGAAGACUGAUAAAGUAGCUGAACCGUUCGGAGAUUUUCCUGGCUCUGAUGAGAUACUUAUUCUAACGGAUGCAAACUUUGAAGAAGUAACCAAACAGGAACCAAACCUACUAAUUAUGUUCUAUGCCCCGUGGUGUGGCCAUUGUAAGCACAUGAAGCCCGACUUUGCGAAGGUGGCCAAACUGUUGGCCAAUGAAAAGGUGCCCGCUAAGGUAGCUGCUCUAGACUGUACGGUGCACACGAAAUUUGCCGAACAAUUCCAAAUACGAGGCUAUCCGACGCUGAAGUUUUUCACCAAUGGACAAUUCCAGAAAAACUACGAAGGUAAACGCACUGCCCAGGAUAUGAUGCAGUUUCUUCGAUCUGGUGGUUCAUUACCAAAGGAUGAGCUGUAAAACAAAUGCCUCCUUCUAGUACUUUUGUUCUCUAUUAUCGAUCAAAUUUUCUUUAACCGGGUUGUUUGUAGCAUCAAAGGUGCUGAAAACCCUUGUGUCCAUGUACUCACUCAGUUUACACCUACCUAUCAUUUUCGAAGGAUAGGUAACAUAUUUCUACCUCUUGUCUUAAAUUCCUCAAUAUUGUCUUUUUGUCUAAUCUAAGUGUAUAUAUAAUCGUCUUCGUGUCACGUACCGUGAAACUCUGUGUGGAAGCUGUGCAAACGUUAAUUUUUUAACAUAAUACAAACUUCACUACAUCCAUUUCUAAA